AUGUUUACAGAGAACGGCUGUUCGUGGUUUCAGGUGUGUGACGUGGACUUCAAGGAUCUGAAGGCCUGUGUGCGGCUGGUGCUGCCUCUGCAGUGCGACACCCGGGGCUGUGACCUCACUGAGGAGGCCAUGAAGGUCCUGCUGGGUGCCUCCGGAGACAAAGUCCCCCUGCAGCAGCUGCAGGUGGUCUACGAGCUCUCUGGGGACUUUGAUCAGACCGCCCUCGCUGUGGAGCACCUCAGGUUUUUCUACGAACACAUCUGGAGGCAGUGGGAUGAGGAAGACGAAGAUGACUUUGACUACUUUGUUCGUUGUGUGGAGCCUCGUCUCAGGCUAUAUUACGACAUCUUGGAGGACAGAGUGCCAGCCGGCCUGGUGGCAGAGUACCAGUCCUUGCUGCAGAGCUGCUCCCAGUGCUUCCAGCAGUUCACCGUGCUGCGCAGCGGCCUCAGCACCGACUCGGACUCAGAGCUGGACAACGUGUCCAUGGUGGAGGGCCUACAGCUUUACGACCAGCUCGAGACGCUCAGACGCAAGCUGCACAUCUUCGAGAACCCCCUGCUGAGGUGAGAC